UGUGCUGGGCCCCUCCUUCCUGGUUGGGGUGCUGGACGCUGAUUGGCCCUCCCGUGCUGUCAGUCACACCGUGGAGCUCCCCGUCCCCGGCUGAGGCUCGGCAGCAGGUUGGGUUGCGCGGCGGAGGAAAAGUGUCUUCAGUCAAGCCAGAGAAAUCAGCUAUCUUGGUGCUGAAAACAGUAGUUUUGACAUCCUCUUAACAGGAGUAAUCCAGGAACAGUGAGGAAAGUGUUCUCAAGUGCUGGGGGCUAGAACUGAUGGCAGACAAUGUCAACGACUAACAACAUAGCACAGGCCCGGAAGCUGGUAGAGCAGCUCCGUAUCGAGGCUGGAAUUGAGAGGAUCAAGGUCUCCAAAGCAUCUUCUGAACUAAUGAAUUACUGUGAGCAAAAUGCCAGGAAUGACCCACUGCUGGUUGGAGUACCCGCCUCGGAGAAUCCUUUUAAGGACAAAAAGCCUUGUAUCAUCCUAUAGCUUUCUUUGCUCUCGCGUGCACGCACUCUCUCAGGCAGGGCACCGUUCUGUAUCGAUUUAAACCAAGUCCCAAACUUAAAACUGUGCAGAGGGAUAAACACUAAAUGUUGGAUUCAAAUAGAACUUAAAAUCUCAAAUUUGAAGUGUUCAGAAAGGGGCUCGGCUGCUCCUGGGCGGUUUCCAUACUGAGAGGGGUUCCAAUUUAAAAACGGUCAGGGCAGGCGGGCGCAUUAUUAAUACUAAUUCUAGUUUCAGGGGUGGUGGGGGAAACAAGAAUUUAACUGCAUUUGCCAAUGGGAUUCAUGGGCUCUUAAAAAGAUGGAGUUUUGACCUUUAAAGUAUUUGGGCAAAGCUUUGGGUGUGCUUUUGAUUCAAUUAAUUAUUCCAGUUGACGUAUUCAAAGAAUUUCAGUCUGAUGGCUCUGUUUCUUGGGGAGGAGGGUGGGAGUGGCUGUUUUUAAUUUUUUGUUUUUUAAAUGGAUAUUAUAAAUUAGUAAAUUCAGAAUUAUUGGUGGGGGAAGGAGAGCAAAGUGUUUGGCAGCUGCAUUCUAAUGUGUAAUGAAAUCAUGAAACUUUCUCUCUCCAUGAAAUGUGGCAUGUGGUUCUGAAGCAUCAUGUGAUCUUAUGGUAUUUGUUACAAGCGAAUCCCAUUGCGGGGAAUAUACUUCGUAGAGUAACCCAUCAGCCAUGAAAAAUGAAAUGAUUCUCCUUAAGUCGUGCUUGGCCCAAGGCAAAGAAGAUGUGGGUGUUUACACCCUCUGAUCAGUUUGGAUUUUUAGUUCUGUGUUAUUGCCACUAUUUUCCUAGCAGAAUUGCGAUGUUGAGGGCAUUGAAUUGUGUUUGUUCUGCCUUUUUCUGAUGAGUGGUGCGAUUUGUUCUGUUCUGCAGUAUCCUGUUGCCACUUUUCUGUCCUGGCCUUUCAGAGAUUCUAGGUCCAAAACACUAGAAGUGGCCACUGUUAACCUCCCACCUCUCCUUCCCUCUCAUUAGUCAUUAACAUGAAUCUGUUGCAUUCAAACCUAUUCAGGGAGGAGCGAGGCGGUUUAAAGUUGUCAGGAAAAAGUGUUAACUCCAACAGUUCCCAUCCCUUGGAAUUAUGAAAUUUAACUAAUUUUUCAUUUACCAAUAUAACUAUGGGCACUGCAAAUUUGGGAACAAACUCAAUGCAGAGCAGGCAAGGGAGAAGGAAGGUAGUCACUUCUCCUUUGCCUGUGUCACCUGCUGCAGGAUAUAAGCGACAGUAAUAACUGGGCCUUUUAACCUGCUUUGUGGAUCCUUGCUGCAGUGUGCAAGUUCUGAGCACUCCCUCCCCUGCAGUGCAACCCAAAUGGUGCUUGGGAGAAAGAUCAGAGCUCAGGGAAGUACUGCUGCCUCUCCCAUCUAGUUAGAUCUGUUAGCAUGGGGCGCAUUCUGGGAACAUUUUAUAAGAACACAACAGAAUUCUGAACAGCCCUCUGGCACAGCAGCGGAUUCGCUUACCAGCUUAUAAGAGAACCUGUCCAAUACUGUCGGCUUUAUCUAAACAGUCAGGCCUAGAUCUCUUCCUACAAGAGAAUACCCAGCUUUCUAUGGAGAAGCAGGAGAGUGGCGCACUUCAGAGGGAUGAACAAGCUGCUGAGGCUGCAGAACAGUUACUAACUUCUCAUUUCUGAUUUAAAACGGGAGUUGAAUACUGGCAAAUUCAAGGUGCAAGUACUAAUCAUUUUCACUUGACUCACAGGGUGUCCAUUUGUACAUAUUCUUGCCACGUUUGGGUCCAGAUUGUGUUCAGGAUGAGAAGGAAAAAAGCCUCCAAUACGGAAUCCGAGGAAGCCUGCCACACUGAGCCAUUUCCCCAGUGUUUUGGGUCUCUUUGAAAUGUCUAGGCCUUUAAUAGAAACCCAGUGCUUUGCAUUUUUGGCACCCUCAAAUGAUGGCAGGCCAGAGAAUGCUUCCUGUCAGCAGGUUGAUCUCUGUGCGAUGGACAAGAAAUGCUAGAGGAGAACCUGGGUUUGAGCUUUCAUGGGAACUCUGAGGAUUUCGGCUCUUCUGAGGUGCAGUCUGGGGGAGGGAAGACUUGCAUAUCAAUAAUGGAGACUGCACACACCUUUUAAUAGUAAAAUGAGCAACCGGGGAUCUGCCUUGAGCCCAGCCUAGGCAGGCAGGCACUGCACCCCGGUUAUGUCCCUGGCGCUCCUGGAAGGGAAAAGUGUUGCAGCGUAUGACACUCUCGAAGGCGGUUCUGGAGCCCAGGCUGUGCUCUGGAUUCGCGAUCCUGGCAUGCCAUCCAACACCAGUUACUUUGAGUGAAAUGGGGCGCUAGUGCCACAAUACAGGCUAAAAUCUAUAGGGAUAAUAACUGAGUCAUUGACACCAGCCCUUGGGCAGAAACCUAGCUUCGAUUCUUUACCACUCAGUGUGCAUCCAGUGCCUGUCUGCUUGGGGAGUAACGCUCGACCUCUCUCCAUUCAAUGUGAGAUUUACUACUGAGGAGGGGGGACCUAAUAAUCUGAGUCUGCCUCUCCUAAAUGCCACUCCACUCGACCUGCUCAUGCAACUGAUUGACAGGGUUGGCUUUUGACAGGACGGGAGCGCCUGUCAUGCAGGAGAGACGAGCUCUGUUGAUCUCGUGGGUUCCAGAUAUUUUGCCAGCAGCUUUUUAUUACAUGAUCAUUUGCCUUUUUAAACAAUUUUUUAAAACAAUCACAUUUGUAACACUACUGCAAACUGCCGCACAUACCAUAUGUCGGGCUGCCGCUUUCAACUGGCUUUCCGGGGCCUCAUGCUGAGCUGAGGGAACUUCAGCCUUCUACUGGCCUUUCCAAGGGCCCUGGGUUCUAGUCCUGAAAUUAGCCAGCUGACUCCCUUUCCUGCCCUGCCUUCGCUUGUGUGCCACAGGACGUGGGCAGCAGUAGGGAGGGCAUUGGUUCCCUCUGCAGUGAACCUUCCCCAGGACAUGCUCGUUAAACGCCUCUGGGCUGGCACAGCAUUCCCGCGCCUCUCCCUUGCACUGUGAACUGCUAGCUUGCUGUAGGCUGUCCAGUGCACAGCGUUAAGCUUGCUGUGUCAGCCAAGAAACCCAGUGGGCCUCUCCCGGGGCAGCCAGCUGCCUUUGGGGCUUCCUGUAGGCUGAGCUAUUCCCAUGAAAUCGGCGAGCGAUGUCUUUGUUCUCCUUUAUCCAAUGUGAUUUAAGACUCUGUCGAAGGUUACUCCUGUAGUGGGGCAUUAACACUGUCCCAAGGGGUGUCUGGGUUUCUCCCCAGUGGGGCUUUCUCCUGUAGAUUAAAGAUUCCUUCUGUUCUUAACCUAGUGUGAGUCCAGCCUUAUUUUUCUACUCCAGAUUGCUGAUUCUUCCUUUACGUUAGAGAACAGUGUAUGGUGCUAUCGUGGGCAAUCUAGGCAGAUGCAUGAAUUUCUGGGUCAGCCAGAAGACCUGGGUUCUUCAUGUGCAUAGGAGAGAGCUAGUGGCAGAGGUUACUGCAGAAGCUAUCCACUUCUUCUCCACUCCAGACCCAGGCGAAGGACGGGCCAGUGUCAUUAGCUCGCACAGCCUAAGGAGUCUCCCAAAACCUACACCUCUGAGGUUGAUGCCAUCCCUCUCUCCACUUCCAGCAGCCCUUUUGCGUCCCAUGCCACUGCCAUCUCCUCCCCAAAACUUUUUCGAAUCGUCCCUGGGUCAAGCUCUCACCCCCUAUACCAUUUCUGCAGGGUUCGGCUUUAGUAAUCAUAUAAACUGCUCACCCUUGGUUCCCCCAUGGGUCAUUCUGCUGUUGAAUUCCGCCAGCCAGUCAUUUAAUAGUUUAGCAAAUUAGUGUCGAUCUUCCUUUUCUUUCUCUCUGCCUGGCAUAUCCAGUACGGCACCUUCACCUAACCUCCCUCUGUCUGAAUCCCUUUAACGUGCCAGCCGGUUUGAUAACCGGGGAGGGUGGUCCUUUACACCGUGAACCUGUAGUGGAGUCUAGCCUCUGCCAUAUUAUCCCAUGUGUGGAGAGGGGCUGCAGGGGAAUGGUCUUCUGGUACAGGACACAAUUUGAGAAAGUGGGGGAGAUGGGAACGGGAGAGGGACAGGCCAUGUGUGCCAAGCAAGAGCCAAUUCCUUUGAUUCAUACAGUCGAUGUUUUUGUGAUUUCCCCACAAGAGCUAUGCAAAGAAUAUGGGGAGGAGGGAAGCUGGGAGCAGCUGGCAGCUUGGGCCCCACUGAUCCAGACCAGGUUUUCAUUAACCCUUCACACAUGCAUGGCCUAUGCUGUCAGGAGUCCUUGCCCCUCCUUGGUCUCCACCGAUGGAGGUGAAUGGAAGUCCUUGGCACUAUAUAAGGGGAAUGGUAGGGCAAAGGCAGCUGGGUCUGAACAGUUAUUUCCGAGGGGGGCGGGAAGGUUGGAAGGAGCCUUGCCACUUGGUAUCUGAUGUAUCUUCAACUGGUGACUUGCCUCUAGGUGGAGAAAUCCUCAGCCGUUUUUAGUUUUUCCUUGUCUGAGUAAAUGGGUGAUCAUACUGUAGAUGUUUUUGUAUAGCAUAAAUAUAAGUGCAAAUUACAGUAGCUGCUUGUACUUUGUUAGUGUAUUUGCCAAAAAAAAAAAAAAAAAAAAGACACUUUCAGGACUUUUUAAGUGCUCCGAAAUGUAAAGGGGGAAGGAUGAUUGUGAGCUGAAUCUGUGGCCAGCCAGCCAGUGCCAGCUCAGCACUUAUUCCACAAAUGCCUUUUUGGGUGGCAAACACAUUCCCAAAUUUAUCUGAGGUUUCUUUAGCAUGUGGUGAAGCUGUUGCCUAAAAUAGAAAGGUCAGGGAUGUAAUCUGUAGACCAGCCCAUUCCCCCUGCUCUUAGACAGCUUCCCGCUGGGCUAGCAAGUAGCCAGGAGGCUACCCUGCUGUGUGCCAAGUAUCUGGGCCCCAACAAACAGGUUAGUGACACAACAAAGGCUGCAUGAUGUCUCUAGCUGGAAAGAUCAGGCAGUUCUCCCGCUCCUGGAAUGUUACUUAUGGCCUUCCCCAUAGAUGGUAUCUGUACUUGAAACCAGGCAUAUGGUUGCCUAGGAUUUGGGAGUAUUUCCCAUCCACCCCCCCCCCGCCUCCCCAAACAGCACCCUUGUUAUAAAUGUAACUCCAGUGCUCUGCCUCUCCAGGAUGCAUCUUUGGUCCUGUUCCUCUUAGAAUAAAGGCAGCUUUCCUUACCUAGCUCUGACCAGCAUCCUUACCUGUGUGAGCCAGGGUUAUCCAUUAGGAGAGCAGGCCAGCUGAGCACUUGGCAACAAGACAAAGCAGCAGUGCUUGCUUCUGUGCCCCCUUUGCACUCAGGUGCACUCAGCCCCUGUGACAAACAAGAGCGUAGAGCUCUAGGUGCUUCUAAAAAGCCAACCCCUUUGAUACUGUAGUGAUCUCUGGGCCUCAAGCACUGUGUCCAUAUCCUUCAAUUCACGUUCCAGCUGUGUGAGGAGGGGCUUGAAGUGUGUUCUGCUCAUUGCCCUUAGGAAAUGCUAAUGGGGAACUCAUCACUCUUUACCCAGUUCUGGGAAACAAAGUCCCUCUUCCUUUUACGAGAACUUAAAAAGUCAACUUUAUUUAACUAGAGUAAAAAUAACGCCUUUCCGUCAUCAAAACAAGAAGCCACGCAUCUAACAUUUAGCGCUCUUCAUUUCUCUCUCUGGUUUAUUAUUCUGAUUAUUAUUUUUUUUGCCAAACUCUGAUAUUUGUUGCCAAAUGCAAAUCAAGGGUUGUAAAAACUGUAUUUUAGGAAGUAAUCAGUGUAUGUAAUGUAGGUUCUUCAGAAUGUCUGCAUUUUUGGAUCUCUUGUUUUUUAUUUCUGGUGUGCCAUAGAACUAUUUCUUGCACAGUGUUUAAUAUUUUGUGGAAUUGUUGUUAAAAAGUGAAUUGAUAACACAAUAAAAAGGCUCACUUUUCAUUUUA